AUGGCGCCCGCACCCUCCUCCAGCAACAGCAGCAGCACCGCGCAUCGCGACGCUCCCUGCUCCUCGCCUGGCUGCGCAGACACCGCCGCCGCAUCGCCGCCCUGGUCGUCGUCGCGCUCUUCUACCACAUCUUUUUCUCGGGAAACACUCGGCGUCCUCGCCGCCGGGCAAGCCCCCGCCGCGCAAAGUGACGCCCCGCGCGAUCUCGACCCUCAUCCGCACUUUCUCUACCACUCCUCGUUUCGCGCGAACCCCGACCUCGAGUACGAGACGCGCCUCGACGAUGCCUUGCUGGAGCUGGAGCGCCGGGUUACGCGCGAGGAGUCGCGCGAUGUCGCGGACAAGACGCUCUGGCAGAUCAUGCUGGGGCCCGCGGAGCGGGGCCCGACUCUUAUGCCUUUGAGCGCAGGAAUAGCGGCUGGAAAUACCAGUUUCUCCCCUCUGCGUUCCCUUUGCCUCCUCCCCUCCGCCGAGGCUCAAGCUAACCACUCGCCUCUCGUCCCACAGGCCGUACGCGACGACUGGGCCAACACCUUCAUCAACACCACCUUUUUCGACAUCCCCGACCUCGCCCGCCUCUACCACGAAUACCCCCACGACGUCCUCCGCGCCGACCUCCUCCGCUACCUAAUCCUCUGGUUCUACGGCGGCUACUACGCCGACACCGACAUCAAGCCCGCCCGCGCCAUCGACGAGUGCCCCCUUGGCCCCCGUCCUCCCCGCAACGCCGCUGAGGCCGACGCUGCCCUCGCCGACACCGCCCUCGACGUCUCCCUCGUCGUGGGCAUCGAAAUCGACGAACCCUGGGCCUCGGCCCGCCUCAUGCGCCGCUGGCACUGGAUCCGCACCUACGGCUUCAUCCAGUACAACCUCUACGCGCCCCAGCGCUUCAGCCCCAUCCUCCGCCGCGCCAUCGUGCGCGCCCUCGCCCACACCCGCCGCCACCACGCCGCCUACGCCUGGUGGCCCUCGCCCCCGCUACGACGAGCGCACCAUUCUCGAAAUCUCCGGGCCUGGCGUCUUCACCGACGCCAUCCUCGACGUCCUCUCCGAGACCCUCGCCCCCGCCCACCCUCUCGUGCGCGCCUCCUCGCCGCCGAUGCCAACGCCGGCGAGCUCGCUCUCCUCGAGACCGCCGCGCGCCAGGCCAAGAUCCCGCGCGUGACCUGGGCCCCUUUCAUAAGCUAA